AUGGCCGGCUUCACAAUCCCUCAGCUCCGGGGUCUCACCAAGCCCAAGUUCCUCCAUGGGAUCCCUAACAACAGUAUAUUCAUGAUAGCUACUCUGAUCGGAAUCAACGUCGUCGUAUGGAUCGCUGUCGCCAUCGUCCUUCACUUCCACCCCCGUCUCAUCUCACCCGCUGCUCUAUCUUACGUCCUUGGUCUACGUCAUGCCCUGGACGCCGACCACAUCGCAGCAAUCGACCUCAUGACACGACGACUCAUCGCAUCAGGUCAACGCCCCGCGACUGUAGGGACAUUUUUCUCCUUGGGUCACAGCACAAUCGUGAUAGUAACAUGUGUCGUCGUUGCCGCCACGAGCGGUGCUCUCAGGGAGAGAUUUGACGGUUUUCAGCGAGUGGGGAAUAUUGUCGGAACAAGUGUAAGCGCCACGUUUCUAAUCAUCCUCUGUAUUGGAAACGGAUGGGUGCUGUAUAAGCUGGUGCGGCGUCUGCAGGAAGUCUUGCAAGAGCGACGCAAUCAAGUGCGACUCGAAGGUUUUGUCGAAGAAGAAAGUCAAAUCCAGGAUCACUUUGCGCUCGAGGGAGGGGGUUUUUUGACGAGAGUCUUCAAGAGACUUUUCCGUGUUAUUGACCGGCCGUGGAAGAUGUAUCCUCUCGGCGUGGUUUUUGGUCUUGGUUUUGAUACCAGCUCCGAAAUUGCUAUUUUGGGUAUCGCUAGCAUUCAGGCUGUGCAAGGGACGAGCAUUUGGUUGAUCCUCGUCUUCCCUAUACUAUUCACAGCCGGCAUGUGCAUGCUCGAUACUACCGACGGGGCGCUCAUGAUGGCUCUUUACACUUCGAAAGCAUUCUCUAGAGACGUCGUCGCUAUUCUAUACUAUUCCAUCGUCCUCACUGGAAUCACCGUGGUUGUCUCGGCAUUUAUCGGCAUCGUCCAGGUCCUUUCACUGGUGCAAAAUGUGGCCGACCCUCAGGGGCGUUUCUGGGACGGAGUAUCAGACAUUGGCGACCACUUCGACAUCGUGGGCGGCAGCAUUUGCGGCGUUUUCCUCCUUGUUGGUUUAGGUUCUGUAUUCGUCUACAAACCCUGGCGACGACGUAUGGAAAGGAAGCAGCAAGCUUUGGGUCAGGAGCAGGAGGGCUUAUUUGGAGACGGGCCUUCUCCUAUUUCGCCGUCCACAGAAAGUGAUCCAUCGGGAUAUGUUGAUGCGGCAAGAGUCAUCUAG